GCAGAUUGUGUGUGUGCUUUCACAUUCGCAUGCAUCACCGUUCCAACUCCCAACUUCCAACUCCCAGCCAGGUCCCAGGAUACAUAUAUGUAUAUUCAUUCGAUCGAAAAAUGUGUCUUCCGCUAUAUUCGAGUGCGAGCCAGCACAUCGUUUUCGCGAGUUGUUGCCAAUAGAAGAGAGGAAGAGCGCAUUGUCUGGGCUCGCGCGUGACAUUCUCGCCUUUAGGAUACAUUUGAUGUAUUCGACGUAUUACAUGGACCGUGGUCGACUCUAAACUCUAAUCGAGCACCGGAACCGCAUCGUCGUCGUGUCGUCGAUUCCGAUUCUCGGCCCGCUGAUGGUCAUCGUAGUGAACUCAUCCGAUUUCCAUCGAUUGUAUUUAUAGUGUCUCCCGGUUUAUUUUCGCACGCGGUUCCUUUGGGGAAAAGAUGCGCCUAUCCGCUGGCUGACAGCAAUUUCCUACAUCCUGCUACCAGAUGCGAUAUACUCUUUUCGCGCACGCGCGUUGGACAUGGUGCCAGUAACGUGCCUUGACGGAGUAGAAGGGAUUAUCUUUCGGGCUCCUUUCAGAUUGUCCUAGAAAUUAAUUAAAACAUUUUUGUACAACAAUAAAGAAGCUAAAAGAGUGAACGAUGUUGAAGUAACUUAAUUAUCUGAGCGAACUGAGCUAUCUGAAACUUUAUCGUUGUAUCGAUGUUAACGGUAUCUCGGCUGUAAAAUCCUUUUGUACAGAAACUAAAAAAAAUGUUGUUGGGUACAGAAUGCUUUAAAGAACCUGAAUAUUUGAAGAACCCAAUGCAACACCUUUACCAAAGCUAUGAAAAUUUUAUUUUGACUAAAAAUAAGAAGAAAAGCCUUUUCGUUUUUCUGGGUCCGGUAGUCGUUAGUGCCCGUAAUACUGAUUUCAUACACCGCUGUUUUCUAAUGCGCAUGCUUGGAAAAAGCAUCAAAUCUGGUAACACUGUUUCAUACAGAUAUGAUAUCCGUGUCGUGCAUCGCGAAUUCUUGUGAAUGUGGUCAAUUGUGGAUUCACCGUUGAUCGCCAAGUGAUAUGCAAAGUGCGAGCAAGCACGUAAUUAGACCUGUACUGUAAAGGUGUUAUUCUUAGCGUGAAAACAUUGUAACGUUAGAACACGAAGGACCAUUUUUACCUGUGCUAAAUUCAGUUUACCAUUCCCUAACAAGACCACUCUCGCAUGUCGCCGGGUAUUGUCAACCUAUAACUCAUAGAAAUGGUGCCAACAAGUCAUUCGUUAUGCAUAUUAAUGUGUGGUGGUUUGUCUUCUUGCGCGAUAAAGGACGUGGAUCUGUCUAGCGUGAGUUGCUGGUAUCAAAGCGAAAAGUGUGUAUUAAAGCACAGAAUACAAAAUGGAAUCUGCUAUAGCUGGGCGUAGACGGACUGCUACGCGACAUUCAGCAGAGGAUCAAGCUUUCGAUCAGAUUGCCAAGGAGGAUGGAUUUUCCAUACAUACUUUCAGGCAGAAGCUAGAUUAGCUGCUAGAAGACAAGCAAGAGCAGAAGCAAGAGAGAUACGGAUGCGCGAAUUAGAAAGACUGCAAAAAGAGGCAGAGGAGACUGCGGAUAGAGUUUACGACAUGUGUUCAGCCGACGUCAAUAGAACAAUGAGAGUAACUCCUGAUUCUGUAAGGACAUCGCGUCUCCUUACAAACUCUAACAAUUUUCAAUCCAGUCGUAGAUCUUCCGAAGAUUCCUUGGAAGAUGCUGGCCUAAGCAGAGACCUCAGGUUAGAGUUGAAGGAAUUUGAGGAGAAAUUUAGAAAAGCAAUGAUAGCUAAUGCUCAGUUAGACAAUGAAAAGUCUUCUUAUGCCUAUCAAGUUGAUUUAUUGAAAGACAAGCUGGAAGAGUUGGAAGAAACAGUUGCACAACUAUGCAGGGAACUUAGAGAGAAGAAUCGGGACUCUGAACAGUUAAAAAGAAUCAGUCAGAGAUUAAAAGAUGAAUUAGAUAUAUGCCAUGCCCAGCUAAUAGAAAGAGAUACGCUUAUACAAGAGAAUGGUCUAGUUAUUAUUGAUGACGAGGAAAGCGAAAACGAAGAUAAUGACGUUGAAAAUGGUCCACGUCCGAGACGAAGAGUACUAGUCAGUACGGAAGCAGCAGAAUUAUUGCAAAAUGCUGGAAAAGGUUCAUUAGAUGUUCGGCUGAGAAAAUUUGCUUCUGAAAAAAAGGAAUUGCAGGAUGAAAUACGCCACUUACGAUUGGAAUUGGAGGAGACCAGAAAUCGUAUUAGAUCCGAAAGAUCACCCGGUUCAGUAUUAGGUUGUUUAUCAGACAGCGAAGACGUGCAACGAGAAGCAAAUAAACUCCUGGCAGAUUAUAAAUUUAAGAUUCAAAAAGCAGAACAAGAUAUGUCCACGUUGCAAGCCACAGUGGCUAGGCUAGAAAGUCAAGUGAUACGUUACAAGUCGGCGGCAGAAGCAUCCGAGAAAGCAGAAGACGAACUGAAAGUCGAAAAGAGAAAAUUACAAAGAGAAGUCAGAGAGACUCAAGGUCGCGUGGAAGAGUUGGAGACGGCAAAUUCUCAUCUCCAGAGGCGAUUGGAUAAACUGAAAAACGCGAAAUCAGCUCUUCUUAAGGAGCUUUGACGAGACGACUUUUUGGGAUCUGUACAAUGAGUCUGCCAUUUUCUUCUAUUUUGCAAAAACCGUGUGCCGAUGUUGCCUCCACAUAAAUAUUACUUGACACUUUGAAUAUAAUUUAUACAGAAAAUAUGUGAAACAUGCAUAGUAUCUUUACACGAUUUUAAAUGAUUUUUAUGUACAAUACUACUACCUAAAAAUGAUAUCCGAGAGGAAUGGCUACUUGAUACGUCAUACUUGCAUAACACGCAAAGUCUAAACUGCUAUGAAAGGAAGUCAUUGUUUUGUAUUCGAUACACCAUCGACACUAAUCGUUAUUCUGCAUUUUAUUUCGAACAGUCUUCUUAAUGCAUUUCAAACGUCGAAUAUCUGAUGAUUGUGUGAGUAGUUAUGGAAUCGAUUCGUAAUUUGUACAUUAUUUGGAGUUAGAAAGCUGACUUGUACAUCAUAAAUUUGCAAAUUUUCUGUUUCCCAAUAAGACGGAUAAUAUUUACUAUUCAUGGUGUAUAUUUCAGCAUGAAAAUACAUAUAUUAAUAAGAUACUUGAGGCUUUCACGGCCCGGUUCUUCAUGAUUGAUACUAACCGAGGCUUAUGGUUGUAAACUGUGUCCUUUGCAUAAGCUACUUGGUUAUUUCGUCAGCAUUGUAGCUAGUUUCUUCGAAGGUCCAAUGACGUAUGACACUGACAUACCAAUGCAUAGCUAACGCAGCCUAACGUGACCUAACCUGGACCUAUAUAUCUAUAUACUAGGUUAACCAUGUCAGAGUGAGGUUAGGCAUACAGUAAUAUAUGUCAGUGUCAUUUAACCCUUCAACACCUUGAAGAAGCUAGUUGCAAUGCUAGCGAAACUAUUGUAAGUAGUAUCUUUUGCAAAGAACAUGACUUAUAUUCGGAAGUCUCAAUUAGUAUCAACUAUGUAUAUCGAUAAGUGUAAUUUGUUUUACAUCGAAUAAUUUAUAAAUACAUUUCUAAAGAUACGAGAUAUUUAUAACUUCUAUAAAAAAAAAAAAAAAAAAAAAAAACAUGUAGUUAAAACUAGAGAUCAAACGGAAACAACGUCUCUGAUGCUCGUUUUCUAUUAUCGAAAAGACGAACAGCGGGACUUGUGGGAAACAUUUUUAAUUUUAUAAUGUAUUUGUUAUAUUCGCGAUAAAUUAAUAUUGGAAUUUAUAUACUGGCCGGGACAGAUCUAAUUUUCAAACUAAAUAAAAUUUGUAAAUUUUUCACGACUGAAUGCAUCGCCAGCCUCGUCGGUGUCCAAUUUUAAUAUACCAUUUUACAACUAAAUUGUCUCAAGAACUGACUUUUUAUUCCUUGGACUGAUGCGAAUUAAAGAAAGUAGAUAUGUAUAAUAGUGUGGUCUUUGUACAUUCGAAAUAAAUUGAACUACGUUGUUGAAGCUAUAUAA